AUGCCUGAAAAUGCUAACAAGAUUCCUGAUGUUGCUACAACACUACUUGAAGAUGCUAAUAUGGUUCCUCAAGUUGCCAGAAUUCUGCCUGAAGUUGCUAAAAUAAUUCCUGAAGUUGCUAGAAACCAGCCUGAAGAUGUUAAAAUGUUUCCCAAAGUUGCUAAAAUCAUUCCUGAAAUUGCUAAGAUCCUACCUGAAGAUGGUAAUAUGUUUCCUGAAGUUGCUAGAAUCCUACCUGAAGAUGCUAAAAUCAUUCACGAACUUGCUACUAGCAUUCCUUAG